CCGAAAGCCCGGUGGCUCGGCUGAGACGCCCGCCCCGGCCUCCCGCUGGGCCAUGUCAAAAGGCCCCGGUUCUGCCCUGCUGCCCCAGACCCCGGGGUCACGGAGACCCGUGCCUCGGAGCCUUAGCUGCGUCUCGGACCUGGAUCCGCGACCCUGCAGACCCCCGGGCUGCGACCCUCGGCUGCGGCCCAUCAUUCACCGACGCGCGCGCUCGCUGCCCAGCUCCCCCGAGCGCCGUGCCAAGGCUGCGGGAGCCCCGGGCGCUGCGUGCGGAGCCGGCUGCAACCGGCAGCUCCGUGUGCGAUUCGCUGAUGCGCUGGGCCUGGAGCUGGCGCAGGUCAAGGUGUUUAACGCGGGGGACGAUCCAUCCGUGCCGCUGCACGUGCUGUCACGUCUAGCCAUCAACUCCGACCUGUGCUGCAGCAGCCAGGAGCUGGAGUUCACGCUGCAGUGCCUGGUACCAGACUUCCCGCCUCCCAUCGAAGCCCCCGGCUUCGGAGAUCGCCUGGCACGGCAGCUAGUGUGCCUGGAACGUGUCAUCUGCUCGGACUUGGGCGUCAGCGGCACAGUGCGCGUGAGCAACAUGGCCUUCGAGAAGCAUGUGGCGGUGCGCUAUACCUUCUCUGAAUGGCGCAGUGCACAUGAGGCAGUGGCGUGCUGGAGAGGGCCUGAGGGUGCCGGAGGUGCCGAGGACAUCUUUGCCUUCAGCUUUCCAGUACCACCCUUUCUGCUGGACCUCGGAUCCCGAGUACACUUCGCAGUGCGCUACCGAGUGGCUGGUGCUGAGUACUGGGACAACAAUGAUGGCUGCGACUAUAGCCUUACUUGUCGCAGUCAUGCCUUGCACAUGCCACGCGGGGAGUGUGAGGAGAGCUGGAUCCACUUCAUCUGAGCUGCUGGCCUCGAACCUGGAGCUUGCAUCUCAGCAGAAGUUGCAGUCACUUCCCCACGGAUGCUGAUCUCCGAACGGCUAUCUCCCACCCCAUCCUUCCUUCCCAGUGGCCUGGCCUCAUUUCUCGCUGUGAAGCCCUGCCACAGUGGCCUGGCCUGUCUUCUAGUGAAUUCUCUGGAGAGCCUGAUGGCCAGAGGACCAGGAAGGAGCCUGGGUAGUGCAUUGGGAUUAGGGUGUGAGAGGGCGGAUGCAUGGAAUUGUGGUCCUCCAUUUCAGGAGGACCCAGGUCAGUGUUUGCAAGAAGGGCCUUUUGCAUGUCUCCUCAGUGUGUCUAAGUAGCUGAUAUUUAUUAUUGUGAAGUUAGCCUUCCACCCAUAGUGGAUGCCUGCUCAGGAAUACUCGAGAUUUUAUAAGUGUAAAGAAGGCCUGUUGUCUGUUUGCACCCACUGUAAUAAUCGUAAGAAUACACGGUAUAGCCUGCGUUAUGGUCCCUCGAGGCAUCUCUGCCCUGGGACAGUGAAAACCUGAGGCCAUGUUUGCUUGCCAAUGUUUGUAGCCUUCCAACAGCAGAAACUAUUAAUAGCCAAGGAACUUAUAGCUCAUAUGUCAUCACACAACCAUUUCUGGGCUUCAAGGCUGCCCUGGUUAGGCGAUGCCUCCCACAUCAACAGCUGAGGAGGAGACUGAAAAGCCAAACUUCCAGCUGUGCAGCUCAGCCCAAACAGUCUUCGGGGUCUGCCCGGUCAUGUAUUUGUCUCCUAUUUGUCUGGCACUGCAUCCACGUGUUAUCAGGCCAUAUUCUGAGCCUUCAGAAAAGAUCCUGCCUUAAUUUAUUUCUGUUUUCAAGUGGCCACAGGGAUUCAGGCAGCAGUGUCCUUCCUGGUGACCUUUUCCACG